AUGAACUCAUCAAGGCGCCUCCUGGCCUCAGCAACCUCCGCCCGCGGCGGCAACGGCCUCCGGCCCGAGCCCCUCGCCCUGCUGCCGCCAAUACCGCUGUACCGGCGGCUGUUCCGCGCCCACCGCAAGCACCUGCCGCAGCAGAUGCGCGUGCUGGGCGACGAGUACAUCAAGCACGAGUUCAGGGCCCACCGCAACGUCGACAACCCUGCACAUCUGAUUGGAUUUUUGACCGAGUGGCAGCUUUAUGCCCAGAAGAUAGAGGGCGACGCCUGGGUCGGUGAGAAGUUGGACCCGGGAAAGGUCGAGAAGAUGAGCAAUCAACAAGUAGGGCAGCUCUACGAGCUGAUGCAGGCGAUAAAGAAACGCCGCGAGGAAGGGGACCCAGGGGAUUCGACUCCAUGA